AUGGAAGAUCAAGAACGAGGUAAAGGGGCCUAUGUCCCAGCAGAAUACGUUCAUGGCUAUUCGGAGGAUAUCGACGUCAUCCGGGACCGGGAGUAUCCUUUGCUCAAGGAUACGACCUAUCUAGACCAUGCGGGCACGACGCUGUAUCCCAGGUCGUUGAUCGAGUCUUUCUCCCGCGAUCUCACGGCAAAUCUAUUCGGGAAUCCUCAUUCGCUGUCGCCCUCGUCUCAGCUUUCUACGCACCGUAUUGAUGAUGUUCGUCUGCGUGCGCUGCGGUUUUUUAAUGCGGAUCCGGAGGAGUUCGAUCUGGUGUUUGUGGCAAAUGCUACGGCUGCUAUUAAACUUGUUGCUGAUUCGCUGAGGGACUCGACACCUCAGGGUUUCUGGUAUGGAUAUCAUCUCGAUGCGCAUACGAGUCUGGUUGGUGUGCGCGAGCUGGCGGAUAUGGGAAAUAGAUGUUUCAUUACAGAUUCAGAGGUCGAUACAUGGAUCUCGGAGUUGAGUACUGUCCAAGCGAAGAUGCCCAAACUGUUUGCGUACCCGGCGCAGUCGAAUGGGAAUGGCCGGCGGUUACCUUUUCGAUGGUGCGAGGAGAUACGGAAAGCUAGUGGAGGCGAUGCAAAUGUCUAUACCCUUCUCGAUGCAGCAUCGUUCGUCUCGACCGCGCCGCUUGAUCUCAGUGAUUCAACCAAUGCGCCGGACUUCACGGCACUCAGUUUUUACAAGAUUUUUGGAUUUCCUGACCUCGGGGCGCUGAUUGUUCGAAAGAGUGCCUGUAGUGUCUUUUCACAACGCAGGUUUUUUGGAGGCGGUACAGUGGAUAUGGUUCUUACAGCAGGAAUUCAGUGGCAUGCGGAGAAGGACUCUUCAAUCCAUGACCGUUUGGAAGAUGGGACGCUCCCGUUCCAUUCCAUCAUCGCACUGGACUCUGCGUUUGACAUCCAUAGCCGGCUCUAUGGUACCAUGUCGAAUAUCUCCUCUCAUACUCGAUUUCUGGCAAAGCGACUCUAUAACAGCUUGUACUCACUAGCGCAUCCGAACGGCGUGAGGGUUUGUCAAUUCUACAAGUCGCCCGCAUCGAACUACGACGACCCAUCUACGCAGGGUCCAAUCGUUUCUUUCAACCUGCGCAACAGUCAGGGCCGGUGGGUUGGAAAGACUGAAGUGGAACGACUUGCUACCGUGCAGGACAUUCAGAUUCGAUCUGGGUCAUUGUGUAACCCUGGAGGCACGGCACAUAGUCUUGGCUGGACUGGGACUGAUUUGCGCCGUCAGUAUUCGUCUGGUCUGCGCUGUGGCGAUGACCACGAUGUCAUGGAUGGACGACCGACUGGGAUGCUGAGGGUUAGCCUCGGCGCGAUGACGAAUAUGAAAGAUAUCGACACGAUCGUUGGGUUCAUUGAGGAGUUUUACGUCGAGAAGGCUAUCGACAUCAGUGUACCAUUCCCUGUUCCUGGUGUUAGCCCACCGCAGCAGACCGGCUUUUACGUUGAAAGUCUCUCGGUAUACCCCAUCAAGAGCUGCGGUUCUUUCAAAGUCCCGGAUGGAAAACGCUGGGACAUCAGACGUGAAGGCCUAGCCUGGGAUCGAGAGUGGUGUCUUGUGCACCAAGGCACAGGCGCAACGCUCAACCAGAAGAAAUACCCGCGCAUGGCCCUCAUCCGGCCCUUCAUCGACCUCGAGCGUUGCGUCCUCCGAAUAACCUGUGAAGGCAUGGUUUCAUCUAGCCGAAAGAGUCUGGAAAUUUCCCUCUUCCGCGACGACACAAAUCUAGUAUGCACAUCACUAUGCCAAAGCGCGAAGAAAUCCUCCACCAUCUGCGGAGACCAGGUAGUUGUGCAGGCCUAUUCCUCGCCAGAAGUAUCUUCCUUCUUCUCCGACUUCCUAGGUGUCCCAUGCACACUCGCUCGUUUCCCGCCUCAAUCGUCAAACAACCGAUACUCAAGGUCGAGCCGCUUCUCCAGUACAAGUUUGAAACAAGCGUUUAAGAAAUUCAUUAUGCCGGGCUCUUACCCCCCAGAUGCCGUACCAACACCAGAAAAGAAAAACCCGAUCCUCCUCUCCAACGAAAGCCCCAUUCUCCUCAUCUCCCGCUCCUCAGUAAACCACCUCAACGAAACCAUCAAAGCAAACGCCAAAAAAGACGCCCACGGGAAUCCCAUCACACUAACCAACAAACCCCGAAAAGCAGUCGCAGCAGAUGUCUUCCGGAGCAACAUCGUCGUCGCAGAAGAUGUCUCUCAACCCCGCAAUGUUGAACAGCCGUAUAUCGAGGAUAACUGGUCCUCUCUGAGAAUCGGACCGGGUCAGCUCCGUUUCGAUGUGAUAGGUUCUUGUCAGCGAUGUCAGAUGGUUUGUAUUGAUCAGAUGACGGGGGUGAAAGGGGAUGAGCCGUUAUCGACGCUGGCGAAGACGAGGAAGAUUGGUGGGAAGACUUAUUUUGGGAGGCAUGUUUGUUUGUCUUAUGGAGAGAUAGGUGAUAUGGGCGAGGGGUAUGGAGAUGGGGAAAGAACGACGGUUAUGGUUGGGGAUAGGGUUGUUCCGGUUUAUGAUGGACAUGAGUGA